AUGUCAAAUCCUGAGUCCUUCAGAGAGCUUUGUCGUAAAGAAAUUCACACUGGGCCGACGUCAGGCGUGUUACCAGGGUAUAUUCAAGCAAAUUUGCUGAUAUUGCCCAAAUGUGUAGCUGAAAGUUUUGAAGAUCUUUGUACCAGAAACCCUGUAGCCUGCCCAAUUCUCUCAAAAACUGAAGGUAGGCCCCAAUUUCUCAGAAAUCACGCCAGCCUCAUUAAACAGGGCACGUUUGAUAUCCGCACCGAUUUCCCACGGUACAACGUCUACUCAAGAGGCAAACUCGUGCAGCAAAAGAACAAUUGCGUUAAUGAAUGGUCCAGCGACCAUGUUGGUUUUCUUAUAGGGUGCUCCUUCACUUUUGAACAUGCAUUGGAAAAGGCCGGGCUUGUGCCGAAAAAUGUCCUUUACAAUAAAAACGUGUCCAUGUUUAGGACUACCAAGUUCCUUGACUCAGCCGGGAUUUUUCACCAAUGCCCUUACGUGGUAAGCAUGAGACCCUAUAAACUAACGGAAGUUGAAAUCGUGAGAGAAAUAACCAGAAAGUUCAAAAAGACGCAUGGAGAACCUCUCGACUGGGGCUAUGACGGGGCAAAACGCCUGGGAAUAUAA